AUGUCCUCGUCGACCACCACCCAUAGCAAAUCCCCUGACAAGGGUCAUCCGGACAAGGUCCAUGACAAAACGCACGACAAGGAUAAGCAUUUGGCGGAGCAUAGUGGAAUGACAAGCGGAACACAUGGGAAAGCAGAGGCUCAUGGACACACGAAUACACGUCGGAAAUCUGAUAGUACCGAACACACCGGUGUACGUCGCAAAUCGGAUGCAGAAAAACAUGCUCAUGUGGAUACCCAUGCGAAAGCUGCCCAUCCAGGUAUAGGGUCUUAA